UCCCACGCGGCUAUAAGUAGUGAUUCACAGGCAGGCUGGCAGACAGCAAGCUCUGAAGCAGGCAUGUAUGUGAAAGUGUUGAUGAUCGCUUGCUCCUUCGCUGCUGCAGCAGGAUAUCCAUCUCCUCUGCGCACUGGCCAGGGUGACAGGAGUGCAAUAUGGGAUUCCUUUAGCCAACUGACCAAUCAGGUCAGAGAAAAAGUGGAUAACAACCAACAGGCUGAAAUCAGCAAGCAAGAAACUGGGGUCUGGAAGAACAGCCUGGAGAAUGUGAACCUCUACACAGAGAGCCUCGCUCCCUUCAGCCUGGAGCUCCACAGCAAACUCAGCCUGGAGACUGACAAGCUGCGGGUCCAGAUCAUGAAGGAGCUCAAGGACCUCCGCGAGACGAUGUUCCCUCACGCGGACGAGGUCCACCACAAAAUCAGCAGGAACGUGGCCCAGCUCCAGCAGAGACUGUCUCUGCCCGCCAGCAAGCUGAGCAGCAUGGUACAGCAGAGCAUGGGGCAGCUCUGCAAGCAGCUCCGAGGACUCCAGACCAAACCCCUGGGACAGCAGACCCCAGAGCACGAGGAAGAGCUUCUGCACAGGAUCAGCCAGACCGUGCAGGGCACCAGACUGGAGCUGCUUCCCUAUCUAGCAGAGUUCCAGGAGGAGGCUUUGCGGGCGGUUGGCGAGCUGCAGGAACGUUUCUCUGCUUACGCCAGAGAGGUCCAGGAAGAGCUGCAGCGUCAUGCGGAGGAGGCGUCGCGGAGGCUCACGGAGAAUGUGGUGCAGCUGAGGGCUCACAUUGAUGAGGACACUGGCAGACUGUGCCAGCUCUCGGAGGCUGAGGGGCUGAGGGUGCAGAUUGAGCAGAGGGUCUCUGAGUUCUGCCAGGGAGCCUCCUCGUACGCAGACAGCUUCACUCAAGGAAUCGCUCAGGACUUCAGAGACUUGAGCCAGAGCAGAGCUCCUGUUUCUCUAUCCUUGCAGGACCGUGGUCGACCGCUGGAGGAGGACUUCUCUGCCAAACUCCGAUCCUUGCUAGAGGAUAUCCAGCACAACCUGAACUCCCCUGUGUGAAUAUUUACAAUAACACAAUACACUCGUUUUGUACCAGAUAAGAUUUCAAAGUGUAAUUUACUGUUGUAACAAAACAUGUAUAUAAGAUGUGAACCAGCUGUGUGAAAUCAGAUGGGAUGUUUCCAUGCAAUGGCACGUAUUUAAAGAAAGGUUUUGCUGCAGCUGUGCAUGAGCUCCCAGUCCAUUGCUGAUCUGUGAUAUUUUUGUAAAUACUGUCAGUUGUUCUGAAUGUACUUUUCUUGCCUGACCCUUUUAUUUUGUAUUGGUUGUAAAUAAACGUGCAGUCGCUUGUGCUUUAGCCCUGUA